AUGUUGUCUCGUAUCUCUGCACGUGCUUACAGCACUGCUCCCGUCAAGUUGGUCUCUAGAGACGCCACCGGUAACUUGUCCACCCUUUCCGUCGUGGUCAACAAUGCCGGUUCUAAGGUCGGCAAGGCUGGUGUUCCUCAUCUCUUGUCCAAGUUCGGCUUCCUCAAUAACGAGGUCAAGUCUGCUUUGAGAUUCACCCGUGAGGCCGAGUUGCUCGGUGGUGCUUUCUCCUCCGAGGUCACCAGAGACGCCAUUGUGUUGUCUGCUCAAUUCUUGAAGAAGGAUUUGCCAUACUUUGUGGAGUCCUUGGGUAACGCAGUUGCCAAGCCAUCUUUCAGACCACACGAGUUCACCGAGACCGUCAAGCCUACUGCUUUGGCUGAGAGCGCUGCUGCUCACGCUUGCCCAGAGUUCGUUGCCUUGGAGGCUUUGCACCAACAGUCCUUCAGAAAGGGCUUGGGUCAACCAUUGUACUACAGCGCUAACCAAAGUGUCACCUUCGACGAUGUCAAGGAAUUUGCUGCUUCUGCUUUCACUGCUGGCAACGUUUCUAUUGUCGCCUCUGGUGUCAACGAGGCUGAUUUGGCUGAGUUCGUUGCCGAGUCUGCUUUCGCUGGCUUGCCAGCUGGUUCCACCUCUGCCCCAGCUGUCACCACCUUCACUGGUGCCGAGACCAGAAUCGCCUCUUCUGGUGCUUCCGUUGCUGCUUUCGCCAUCCCUGUUGCUAAGGCUGACUACGCUGCUUACGAGGUUGUCGCUGCUGCUGCCGGUACUUCUACCUUGGUUGGCAGUGCUGCUCCUUUGAGCAAAAUCCCAGGUGCCGACUCUAAGUUGUUCAAGUACCAGGACGCUGGUUUGUUCGUGGUCUCUGUCACCGGUGCUGAUGCUCAUGCUGUCGCCAGCGGCAUUAAGGCCGCCAAGCAAGCUGUGGCUUCUCUCUCUGCUUCUGCUUUGUCCGGUGCUGUGAAGGCUGCUGAGUUGUCGGUUGCUUUGCAAGACUCCUUCGAGUUCUCCCACAACAUCAAGGUCUCUGCUGACAGCGGAAAGAACUUCAAGUUGGGUCCAUUCAACUACGUCGCCGUCGGUAACACUGAUGUCUUGCCAUACGCCGAUGAAUUGUAA